AUAGUAUAAUACUAACUGGACGCCCAAGACGGGUUUCACACUAGAAAGCAACGAUUUCCAUCGGUUAAGCGGCAAGAAAAUAAGAAAAGAAAAAACCAUUAAAGUUUAAACCGGUCUCUUCCCAGAAAGUGCUAGCGGAUCUCCAGAGAUCACUUCACUCCAACGCCCCUUUUCUCUAUAUAUAUCUAUAUCUGCGUGUUUUGUUCUGAUCGAGUCACAUACAAUAAAUACACAGAAGACUUUUCAUUUAUGUAUUCAAUAUAACCCUAGUAUUUCCAUUUUCAAUCCAAACUGAAAACCUAACUUUGAAGUGCCGUCCCAAUGGCGGUUUCAGAGGAAGAGUCUUCGUCCGCCAAGUCUCGAUCGACCUCCAAUGGAGUCCACUAUCUCGCUAAAUGCGUUCUCAGAGGAAGCGUUGUUCUUCAAGUGGUCCAGGGUCACAUUCGCUCUCCUUCCUCCAACGACGUUGUAUUCGGCAAGGAGACAACCUUAGAGUUGGUGAUAAUUGAUGAAGAUGGGAUUGCACAAUCUAUCUGUGAGCAGGCUGUAUUUGGCACGAUUAAAGAUCUUGCCAUUCUACCCUGGAAUGAGAAGUUCCACAAAUGGAGUCCUCAGAUGCAGGGGAAAGAUGUUGUGGUUGUUAUUUCUGAUUCCGGAAAGCUAUCGUUUCUCACAUUUUCCAAUGAAAUGCACAGGUUUUUCCCAUUAACACACAUUCAACUUUCGACUCCUGGUAACUCAAGGCAUCUAGUUGGAAGAUUGCUUGCUGUUGAUUCCAAUGGUUGCUUCAUCGCUGCUAGUGCAUACGAGGACCAAUUGGCUUUGUUCUCAGUUUCAACGUCUGCUGGCAGUAAUAUCAUUGAUAAGAGAAUAUUGUAUCCUUCUGGAAAUGAGGGAGACCCAAGUACUGCCAGAGGUGGUACCAGUAUCUCUGGUACUAUCUGGAGCAUGUGCUUUAUUUCCAAAGAAUUCUGUCAACCAAGUGAGGAGCACAACCCUAUAUUAGCCAUUCUUCUGAACAGGAGGGGAUCAUUUAUAAAUGAGCUUCUUUUAGUGGAAUGGGUUACAAGGGAAAAUACUGUUCACGUAAUUUCUCAGUUUGCUGAAGCUGGACCCCUGGCACAUGAUAUUGUUGAAGUUCCUCAUUCUUAUGGAUUGGCUUUUUUAUUUAGGGUUGGUGAUGCUCUCUUAAUGGAUCUUAGGGAUGCUCACAACCCUCGUUGUGUCUAUAGAACGAGCUUAAAUUUUUUAUCCACUGCAGUUGAGGAGCAGAAUUUUGUUGAGGAAUCAUUUAGAAUACAUGACUGCGAUGAAGAAGGUAUGUUUAAUGUUGCUGCCUCUGCUUUACUGGAGCUAAGUGACAUGGUUAAAGAUGAUGACCCCAUGAGUAUAGACAAUGACAGUGGCAAUGUAAAGUCAACUUGUGGACAUGUGUGCUCAUGGAGCUGGGAACCGGGAAAUGGAAAAAAUCUGAGGAUGAUCUUUUGUGUGGACAGUGGAGAAUUUUUUAGGAUUGAAAUUUCUUCUGAUUCUGAUGGCCUUAAAGUUGAUCUGUCUGAUUGUCUCUACAAUGGUCUACCAUGUAAGGCACUUUUGUGGGUUGAAGGUGGGUUCUUGGCUGCUCUUGUAGAGAUGGGGGAUGGGAUGGUCUUGAAAUUGGAAGAGGGGAGGCUGCUUUACAGAAGUCCUAUUCAAAACAUCGCACCAAUCUUGGAUAUGUCGGUUGUGGAUUACCAUGAUGAGAAACAUGAUCAAAUGUUUGCUUGCUGUGGGAUGGCACCAGAGGGAUCGUUAAGGAUUAUUCGAAGUGGCAUCAGUGUGGAAAAGCUGUUGAGAACUCCCCCUAUUUAUCAAGGCAUAACUGGCACCUGGACAAUGAAAAUGAAAGUAACUGAUUCUGCUCAUUCGUUCCUUGUGCUAUCAUUUGUUGAAGAGACUAGGGUGCUAUCAGUUGGCGUAAGCUUUACUGAUGUGACUGAUACGGUUGGUUUCCUGCCCGAUGUCUCUACUUUGGCAUGUGGCCUUGUGGCUGAUGGUUUGCUGGUCCAGAUCUACCAAAAUGCAGUUAUGCUCUGUUUACCCACUACAGCCGCACAUCCUGAAGGAAUCCAUUUGUCUUCUCCGAUUUCUACAUCUUGGUCCCCCGACAAAAUUAGUAUCAGUCUGGGGGCAGUUGGACAUAAUUUUAUCGCCGUCGCUACUUCCAAUCCAUGCUUCUUAUUUAUUCUUGGGGCCCGAUACCUAUCAUCAUAUCAUAUUGAAGUAUAUGAGAUGCAACAUGUUAGAUUGCAAAAUGAAUUAUCCUGCAUUUCCAUACCUCAAAAACAUUUUGACCAAAAAUCACCUAGUUCUCGAAUUAAUUUAGUGGAUAAUUGUUUUGAGCCUGCGCUUCCAGCUGGAUUUAACAUCGGUAAUUGCUUUGUUAUUGGUACGCAUAAGCCUUCAGUGGAAAUCCUGUCUUUCAUACCUGAUAAAGGACUGAAAGUUCUUGCUAUAGGGACAAUUUCGUUAACAAACACUAUGGGAACUACCGUUAGUGGCUGUGUCCCUCAAGAUGUGAGGCUUGUGCUAGUAGAUCGACUAUAUGUUCUUUCAGGGUUGAGGAAUGGAAUGCUGCUUCGGUUUGAGUUGCCUUCUGCUUCUACAAUGUCUUCAUUGGAAUCACACAGUGAAUGGAGUUGUUCCAGUUCAUGUCUGGUAAAUCCGGAUUCUACCUCAUCUAAAAGUACAGGCCAACAAUUAUAUGUUUCUAAUUUGUAUGAGAAGACGAAGGAAGAUCCUGUUCAUCUUCAAAUAAUUGCAAUCCGCCGCAUAGGCAUUACCCCAGCUUUCCUUAUUCCACUGAGUGAUUCCCUCAAUGCCGACAUGAUUGCUCUCAGCGAUAGGCCUUGGUUAUUGCAAACUGCAAGGCACAGCCUCUCCUAUACGUCAAUCUCUUUUCAACCUUCAACACAUGUAACUCCUGUUUGUUCUGUUGAAUGUCCCCAGGGUAUUUUAUUUGUUGCAGAGAACAGUCUCCAUUUGGUGGAGAUGGUGCACAGCAAGAGGCUUAAUGUGCAGAAGUUUCAUCUUGGAGGCACUCCACGAAAGGUUUUGUAUCAUAGUGAAAGCAGGUUGCUGCUUGUGAUGAGGACUGAACUGAGUAAUGAUUCGUAUUCGUCCGAUAUAUGUUGUGUGGAUCCCCUCAGUGGGUCAGUUUUGUCAUCUUAUAAGCUUGAACCGGGGGAAACAGGAAAAUCAAUGGAGUUAGUAAAGGUUGGAAAUGAACAGGUUUUAGUGGUGGGAACUAGUCUGUCUGCUGGUCCAGCUAUAAUGCCUAGUGGAGAAGCUGAAAGCAGUACUAGGGGCCGUCUACUUGUCCUAUGCCUUGUACAUAAGCAAAAUUCAGAUAGUGGUUCUAUGACAUAUCAUUCAAAGACUGGGUCAUCUUCUCAACGAACUUCACCUUUUCGAGAAAUUGUUGGGUACGCAGCUGAACAGCUAUCAAGCAGUAGUCUUUGUAGCAGCCCGGAUGAUAAUAGUUGUGAUGGAAUCAGGCUUGAAGAGACUGAAGCGUGGUGUCUGCGAGCAGCUUUUUCAACUAUAUGGCCUGGAAUGGUACUCGCAAUAUGCCCUUAUCUUGACCGUUAUUUCUUGGCCUCUGCUGGUAAUGCUUUUUAUGUAUGUGGUUUUCCGCAUGACAAUUCCCAAAGGGUGAGAAGGUUGGCAGUAGGAAGGACACGCUUUAUGAUCAUGACUUUGACUGCGCACUUCACUAGAAUUGCUGUUGGUGAUUGCCGUGAUGGUACCCUGUUCUUUACAUAUCAUGAGGAUGCCAGGAAACUGGAGCAACUUUACUGUGACCCUGUUCAGAGAUUGGUUGCUGAUUGUAUUCUUAUGGAUGUUGAUACUGCUGUUGUUUCAGAUCGUAAGGGAAGCAUUGCUGUCUUGUCAUGUUUAAAUCAUCUAGAAGACGAUGCAAGUCCAGAAUGCAACCUAACACUGAGUUGUUCGUAUUAUAUGGGUGAGAUAGCCAUGAACAUCAGGAAGGGUUCAUUCUCAUAUAAACUUCCAGUAGAUGAUACAUCGAUGGGCUGUGAUGUCACUAAUUCAAUUAUUGAUCUCUCUCACAAUAGUAUUAUGGCCAGUACGUUGUUAGGAAGCAUAGUAGUCUUGAUUCCUAUAUCCAGGGAAGAACAUGACCUCUUAGAAGCUGUACAAGCUAGACUUGCAAUUCAUCCAUUGACUGCUCCUAUUCUAGGGAAUGAUCAUAAUGAGUUUCGCAGCCGUGAGUGUGUGGCUGGAGUACCUAAGAUCCUUGAUGGUGAUAUGCUAGCUCAGUUCUUGGAGCUUACAAGCAUGCAACAAGAGGCUGUCCUACAAUUACCUCUCGGCUCACCAGAUAACGUUGUGUUGAGUUCAAAGACCUCUCCUCCUUCACCUAAUAAUGUUAAUCAGGUGGUUCGACUCCUUGAACGAAUUCACUAUGCCCUAAAUUGAAUAUUCUUCUUUCUCCAUUUGAGCCCGGGAGAUGUUUGCGACAAUGAAAGUGCAUCCCCUAUUUGAAUAAGGCUGUGUCCUAUUCAGCGAGAAGAAAAAAAAAAUUUAAAUAAGGCUGUGUCCUGGGAUUGUCUAACAAGGGCAAGAGCUAAUGAGAUGUGGAAAUUGUGUUUGCAAGCCUCAUAGCAAACAAGGUAUCUAAAAAGGAACUAGGUCAUACCUUCACUUGUGCUCACUUUCCACAGUAGUUGGAAGUGAUUGCAGAUGAUGCUUAAAAUCAGUUUUUACCGAAUGUCACAUACAGCACAAAGAUGGCUAUUUGCAAACCUUAGAUCUAACAAUUUACACACAGGUGGAAACCUUCCCUGCUCCCUGGUUAUGCCGGCUUCCAGCAGAGCAAAAACGGCUUAGAGAAUAAAUAUAUCGAGAAUAGCUUUGAAUCCUCAGUGUAACCUAUAAUUUCUUCAUGUAAAUUUUGUUGUACAAUUGAUAGUUCAAAGAAUACAAAAACACUUGAUCAGCCAAAUAUAAUUUGUAUUCUAGUGGCAGGUUUUAUUUUUGGAUAUAUUUUUUUUCAGUGCACAAUAUUCUUGGAAGUUUUGCCUACAAAAACAAAUAAGUGAAACAAGUGCAUUUCAGUGGAACUUCAAA